AAAACAAAAAACAAAAACUGCAGACUUGUUCAAACAUAGAACAAGGCAAACCCAAACCCAUUACAAAAACAUCUUUGAAGCCAACUUUGAAAAUUCACUUGAAUUGUAAUAAAUUUUCAUUCACCAGGUCAACUGAACUCAACUUCACAACUCAUCAAACUUCCACAGCAAUGAUAACUAUACAAACUUUCCAGCUCUUUUGCCAAUAAUUUCCCAAUCAUCAAACUCAAACCCAAUUCCUCAUCUCCCAAAAUCCUCAUUCAAUGAAACAACAACACAGAUUCACCUUCUUCAUCUUCUUCCUAGCAGCUUCAAUCCCAUCCACAACUGAAUCCAAAUGCACCAAAGGUUGUUCAUUAGCCUUAGCCAACUUCUACCUAGCAAGUGGCACCAACCUCACUUAUGUUGCAGGUAUCUUGAAAUCCCCAAUUCUCACCAAACCAGAAGACAUAGUUGAUUACAACAGAGACACCGUCCCUAACAAAGACAUAAUUCUUGGCGGCGAAAGACUCAACAUUCCGUUCCCGUGUGAUUGCAUCAACGGCGACUUUCUUGCUCAUAAUUUUAGUUACGAUGUUCAAACCGGUGACACGUAUGCUUCUGUUGCUGGAUCCAACUAUGCUAAUUUAACCAAUGUUCAAUGGUUGAGAAACUUCAAUACUUAUCCGCCGAAUAGUAUUCCUGAUACUGGAACGUUGAAUGUUAUGAUUAAUUGUUCUUGUGGAGAUAGAGAGAUUGCGGAUUAUGGCUUGUUUGUUACUUAUCCUCUUAGGCCUGGUGAGACUUUGGGGUCGGUUGCGAAUUCGACUAAACUUGAUUCCGCGUUGCUGCAGAGGUAUAAUCCUGGCGUGAAUUUUAAUCAAGGGAGUGGACUUGUUUUUAUUCCUGGCAAAGAUAAAAAUGGUAGCUAUGUGUUUUUGGAUACCAGUUCAGGAGGUUUGGCUUUCUCUCUUAUCAGAAAACUGGUUUUGAUGCAUGUGGUCAGUCUUGCGGGUGGGGCUAUUGCUGGAAUAGCUGUUGGAAUAGUUGUCCUUCUUUUAUUGGCAGCUGGUGUAUAUUUUGGAUACUUCCGAAAGAAGAAGAUACAGAAAGAGAACUCUCUUUCACGAGAUUCCACUUCACUUUUCCCUCAGGAUGGGAAGGAUGAAACUUCUCGUAAUGCUGUGAUCACCGGCAUAACAGUCGACAAAUCAGUUGAAUUCUCAUAUGAUGAACUGGCAGCUGCCUCAGAUAACUUUAGCAUGGCUAAUAAAAUUGGUCAAGGAGGUUUUGGCUCUGUCUACUAUGCAGAGCUGAGGGGAGAGAAAGCUGCAAUAAAAAAGAUGGAUAUGCAAGCAACAAAGGAAUUUCUUGCUGAAUUGAAUGUCCUGACACGCGUUCAUCAUCUUAACUUGGUGCGGUUGAUUGGAUAUAGUAUUGAGGGCUCUCUUUUCCUUGUCUAUGAAUACAUCGAGAAUGGAAACUUGAGUCAGCAUUUGCGUGGUUCAGGUAGAGAUCCACUGCCAUGGGCUACACGAGUGCAAAUUGCUUUGGAUUCUGCCAGAGGUCUUGAAUAUAUCCAUGAGCAUACAGUGCCCGUAUAUAUCCAUCGUGACAUAAAGCCAGCAAAUAUAUUGAUAGACAAAAACUUCCGGGGGAAGGUUGCUGAUUUUGGAUUGACCAAACUGACGGAAGUUGGAAGCUCAUCACUUCCCACUGGUCGUCUUGUCGGCACAUUUGGAUACAUGCCACCAGAGUAUGCUCAAUAUGGAGAUGUUUCUCCCAAAGUAGAUGUUUAUGCCUUCGGAGUUGUUCUUUAUGAAAUUAUUUCGGCAAAGGAGGCAAUCGUCAAGACCAGCGAAUCUGUUGCUGCAGACUCAAAGGGACUCGUAUCUAUGUUUGAAGGUGUUCUUAGUCAGCCCGAUCCUUCCGAAGAUCUUCGUAAAAUAGUGGAUCCAAGGCUUGGGGAUAACUACCCUGUAGAUUCAGUGCGCAAGAUGGCUCAACUAGCGAAAGCGUGUACACAGGAAAAUCCUCAACUGCGUCCGAGUAUGAGAUCCAUUGUGGUUGCUCUUAUGACACUUUCUUCAACUACGGACGAUUGGGAUAUUGGCUCCUUUUACGAAAAUCAAAAUCUUGUGAAUCUUAUGUCAGGAAGAUAGGAUUAAACGAACUCGUUGAUUUUGUAUGCACAAUGUUUGGAGUUAGAUUUCCGACAUUGCACCGAUUGUUGAAACAGAAGUGUUUAUAAAAUGGAUUUAGCAGAUAGGAAUUUGUACAUUGUAUAGCUGUAUUCAGUAGAAAGAGUGAAGGGAUCAACAAUUUUAUCAUUAUUUACCAUCAAUGUAAACAUGAUCUUAGGCAUUGAGACAUGCAUCUGUUUCUCUGCCCGGGUGCACUAAUCCAUGUAAGUUUGUCUAAUAAAUUAUUUUUAAGGCCUCUUGAGUUA